UAUCAAGGUAGACUACUAAUUUACUCCUUUUCACCUAUCUAUUAUGUCUAUCCCCAGCGGGUCCACUCCAACCGCCUCCGCCGGCUCCGUGCCCGCCGCCGCGGCACCCCUCCCCCGCAGCACGGCGAGUGUCCCGUCUGCAACAGCACUCCUGUCUCCAGGCUACAGCGGCACGCCAUACGCUGUCUCAAGCGGACCGGGGCCGAGAUAGAUGAAGACGUACCUGAUACCAGCUCCGAGGAUGGCAGUAUUGAUGUCGAGAACGACGAGCCGUCCGGCGGCACGUUCGGCGCGGAGUACCAGUGGUGCGGCGAGUGGCGAGUGCGCGCCUCCGCGCUGCAGGACGCCGCCGCGCGCGCCGCCACGUGUGUCCGCCGGGCCUCGCACGACCAGGCGCUGGUUGUCGACGGUGAUGAAGAUACGGAGCUGUACGGACCUCCCCAGUAUUCCCCGUCCAGGAUAGCACCGGAUGCCGAAGUGACACCAACAGACACACAAACAGACAGUCAAGCAGACACACAAGACACAGCCAGCGAUGACAAGAGUGAGAAAUUAGAUAACGGUAUUAAAUACAACGGCUUAGUUGAAGCUAGUGCCGCUACGCGGAUACAUGCCUUAAAAGAAAAAAUUAGAGAAUUAGAAAGAAGAAACAAUGGAGCCGGAGAGGUAAAAUGUCUGAUAUGUUUGGAGUCAUACUCCCUGCCAGCCGUGUCCAUACAAUGUUGGCAUGUGUAUUGCGAGGGAUGCUGGCUCCAAUCUUUAAGAGCUAAGAAAAUAUGUCCCCAAUGCAACGCCAUCACCACUGCCGAACAUUUAAGAAGAAUUUACAUGUGAACACAUACAAACAUU